AAAAUCUUAUUUUGCUUUGAUAUAUGAAUAUGGCGGCAGUGACCUUCACCAUCUCCAUCUCCAUCUCCAGCUUCACUCCCCGAAGACCACAACCACCGUUCUUGACCCACCUCGCAAAUCACUCCUUCUCGAAGACCCAAAUUCUCAGAACUUCAAAACGCACAGCAUUGUUGCCGUACACGACCACUUCCUGUCAAGUCUCUGCGUCUUCCACCGUUGGUGCACCAAACGAAGGAGCGGAGAUUGGGUCUUCUGGCUUGGUGGGUGCGAAUGAUCUGCUGAUUGUUGGGCCAGGUGUACUUGGUCGCUUAGUUGCCCAGAAAUGGCAUGAGGAGCAUCCAGGAUGUCAAGUUUAUGGGCAGACGGCGACCACAGAUCACCAUGAUGAAUUGACCAACCUGGGGAUUAAUCCAUCAUUGAAGGGUGCAACUUUGACCCAUGAAUUCCCUUAUGUGAUUUUUUGUGCUCCUCCAUCACGGAGCUCAAAUUACGCUGGCGAUGUCAGGCAGGCUGCACUGAGCUGGAAUGGUGAAGGUUCGUUCUUAUUUACUUCAAGCUCUGCACCAUAUGACUGCGAUAACAAUGGACAAUGUGAUGAGGACACCCCAAUAGUUCCAAUUGGAAGAAGCCCAAAGACAGAUGUCCUUUUGAAAGCAGAAGCGGUUGUGCUGGAAUUUGGUGGUUGUGUUGUUCGGCUGGCGGGACUUUACAAAGAAGAUAGAGGAGCACAUGUUUACUGGUUAAAGAAGGGAACUGUUGAAGCUCGUCCAGAUCACAUCCUGAAUCUUUUACACUAUGAGGAUGCAGCUUCCCUUUCAGUUGCGAUCUUGAAGAAGAAACUUCGUGGCCGGAUUUUCCUUGGUUGUGACAAUCAUCCACUAUCAAGGCAGGAAGUGAUGGACUUGGUCGCCAAGAGUGGUAAAUUCAGUAAAACAUUUGAGGGCUUUACUGGCACCAGUGUUCCUUUAGGUAAGAAAUUAAACAACUCAAGAACUCGCGAGGAGAUUGGAUGGGAGCCAAAAUACCAUAGCUUCGCUCAUUUCCUUGGAAUAUCAGAAUGACUGCUGCAUCUGUCAUCCUAAUAUGAAUUGAGUUGCAUUUUAAUGGGGAAAUGGCUACAGGAGCAGUACAAAGAAUGCUUGGUUAUAGAAUUGCUCACUGUUCUUGAGCUUAACUGCUGAGUUCUCAAAUAAUAUGCAGUUGGUGUCCUUGUUAUAAAUGAAAAAUAACCAUUGUUCAUACAGUCUGUCUGAUAAAAGAACCUAUAUGUUCAAUGAUUAAUUGAUUAUAGCAGUUGGUUUCACAGCCAUUUA